AUGGCUCAUAAAUUCGCCAAAGACGAGCCGAAAGGGUUUAACAACUCUAUUCAGAAAGUCGCAGCCGUCGGAGCAGGAGGCCAAAUUGGCAGACCGAUCGCAGAGCAACUUCUCAAGACUGGGAAGCAUGCGGUGACUGCUCUCACCCGUGCUGGCAGCAACAGUCCCUUGCCGCCCGGUGUGAAAGUUGCCUCUGUUGAUUACGACAAUGAGAGCUCGCUUGUUGAUGCUCUGAAAGGACAGGAGUUUCUAGUCAUCACUUUAUCCCUGAGCGCGAAGCCAGGUACUCAUAGCACCUUGGUCAGGGCUGCAGCCAAAGCAGGGGUGCAAUAUGUCAUGCCCAAUGCAUAUAGCAUAAAUUUCACGACAAGCGAAGAUCUACGCCGGGAUAUCCCAGUUAGCAAUACGGUUCUUGCCAACAUUUCCGAGAUUCAGCAGUUGGGUAUGACUUCUAUCACUCUCAUGAACGGUUUCUGGUACGAGUACAGCCUUAUUGCUGGCCCAAACACUUUUGGCUUCGAUUUAGACAACCGCGUCGUCACCUUCUACGACGAUGGCUUAAAGCCUAUCAACGCAUCUACAUGGCUACAAUGUGGUCGAGCAGUUGCCGCACUUCUCAGCUUGAAGGUACUCCCAGAAGAUGCCGAUGACAAGUCGAUGACCAUCUCCCACUACCACAAUAAUACGCUGCUUAUCUCGAGCUUCAAAGUCAGCCAGCGGGAUAUGUUAGACAGCAUCCAAAGAGUUACGAAUACGACUGACAAGGAUUGGAAGAUCUACAAUGAGCCAAGCAGCGAGCGGUAUAAGGCUGGAGUGAAGGAAAUGGAGCAAGGAAAGCCUGAAGGAUUUUACAAAUCAAUGUAUGCUCGGGUGUUCUACCCAAGUGCAGAUGCAGACUUUGAAUCCCAUGGUGACCGUCUUGGGCUUCCGGUGGAGGACUUGGACGAAAGCACUCGCUUCGCUCUUUCCUUAAAGAACUAG